UCAGGGAGCUCAUUUUAUGCCCACGGUUAACAGACAGGGACCCCCUCCUUCACAGGCAAAGGCCCGCAAUGUAGCAGAACAUGUGCCAAGCCUCCGUCAAUCUGCUGAUGAAGAAACAAACUUAGCCAAACUGAAAAUUCAGUAUGAAGGUGGACCCUCCUCAAAUAGUGCAGGCAUUGGCAAGAAAAACCUCCUAGAUGCUCUUAGUUCUUCAGAGAAAGAAGGUAGUCUUUACAAUGAAAUGGAUAACAAGUUCAUGUCAAAAGAAGCAAAGACUCUGAUGAAGAAACUUCCCAGCAAAAAGAAGAUCAUAAUUAAGAAAAGAGAUUCAGAAUCGGAGAGUUCUCAGACAAAGCGUCAGUCAGGGUCAGUUAUAGAGGCUAAUCCUGCAGUGACGAAUUCUCAUCUACAGUCAGCAGAGAGUUACAUCAUAGAGGUGAAGUGUUGUCUGAGUAAGGAAUCCUAUAUGGCAUUCUCCAAAGCACUAGGUAUGUACAAGAAAACAGGAGAGCUGUCCCAGGCAGUGGGGGUAAUGGCAGGACUGUUCACAGAGGACCCAAAACACUACCAUCUCUUCAGAAAGUUUUAUCGAUUUGUGAGACACAAGGAUAAGAAGGAAUUUGAUUCGCUGUGUAUGGAACUGACAGGAGAGGGGUGUGGGUAUAAACCAGAAGAUUCCGUUCCCAAGAAACGGGCUCAGUCAGAGACCCCCAAUGUAUCAGAACAACCAGAAAAGAAACAGAGAACAGAAUGUUCAGGAUCGGUUCUGCAGCCCAAGACACUAUCUAACGUGCAACAGUCGGACACUUCUAGUAAGAAGUUUAUGUCGGGGGAUCUGUCCUCCCUGAAAUUUAACAAAGUGAGUGGUGAUGGGGCACAGUCAGUGAACUCUGAGGACAGUCAGGAGUUACGGAACUGUGAACAAAGUUCAGGAGGAAAUAUAAGUGAGCGACUCAAGAAUGUGGCUGGACCACUAGAUAUACGGAGUCCUUCUCAGGAUAAGUCAGGGUAUGUGUGUUGUAAAUGUCGGAGUGAGGCAAAAGUUCCAUUCCAAUCGACCUGUGAUCACGUCUGCUGCUUUAAAUGUUGGAAAGAAGUCUUUAAUGAUCUGGAUAAAACCUGUCCUAGCUGUGGGAUUCGAGUCAGACGAAGGAAUCUGAAACGUUUACUGUUCCCUGCACCUGCUAACGAUGACCAGGGAUAACACUGGUCAUGUACCACCAGAUCAUGUCUUCCAUAUUUACCUGUAUGUGUUCAAUAAAGCACUGCCAAAUCUAAAGCUAAUCUAGAUUGUU